AUUAGGAGGUUGUACUAUAUGUGCGUGUUAGCGAAUAAGAAAACGAUAAAGAGACAGUCUGAUACAAGCACAGGCACAGCAGUGGACGGGAAGAUGUUUGGCUGUCAGGGAGCUGGGCUUAGGAUUCGGUCCUGGGUCACUCUGAUCACAGGGUUGGUGGAGUGUUUGGGGUUUGCGGGGGUCAUGUUCGGUUGGGCAUCACUGGUUUUUGUGCUAAAGAGUCAGGGAUACUUCAGCAAUCUGUGCGUGAACAACACUAGAAAUGGAACCAUCACUGAAGAUUGCAGUGGGCAGGAUGAGCAGUUCUCCCUCAUCUUCACCAUUGCCUCCUUUAUGAAUAAUUUCCUUACGCUGCCAAUUGGCUUCCUUUUCGAUCACUUUGGUACCAUGGUUUCCAGGCUACUGGGAAUUUCAGUUUACACUGUAGGAGUGCUGCUAAUAGUCUUUUCUAGUCCAGCCACCUCUGUCCUUCUAUUUCCUGCACUGUCCUUCAUCGCUAUGGGAGGAGUUCUGUUUCUGAUCACCAACAUGCAGGUUGGAAAUCUCUUUGGCACACAUCGCUCCACUAUAAUCACUCUGUAUAAUGGAGCUUUCGACUCAUCCUCUGCAGUUUUCCUCGUAAUUAAGUUGGUGUUUGAGAAUGGAGUCUCUUUGCGAUGGUCUUUUCUCUUCCUGUCUUGUUGUGCCAUCAUUCAUCUGUUCCGUACAUUUGUGCUGUUACCUCGUACCCGUAUUCCCUACCCUCUUCCAGAGAACUACAACUAUGGGAUUAAAUGUGGGGGAACUUCCCAGGCAAAAGUGGAUAUGCCAUUUGGAAGGAAUUCUCCUCAAGGCCAAAACACAGACAAUAUGGAACGGACCUUUAAAAGCUGUUUCCUCUCCUGGUUCUUCAUGUGUCAUCUAUUGUGGCUCUCUGUGAUGCAGCUGAGACAUUAUCUGUUCAUCGGUACAUUAAACCCUAUGCUGAAUCAUCUUGCUGCUGGGGAUGCAGGCCUUGUGAGCAGAUAUACUAACGCAUUUGCGUUCACUCAGCUGUGCGGAAUACUUUGUGCUCCCUGGAAUGGCCUGAUCAUGGACCGCCGGAAGGGAAAAGAGCGAGAACCAGGUCUGAGUGAGCAAGAGGCCGACCUGAGGGCAGCUAUACUGUCUCUGUUUCUGACUGGGCUUCAGUGUGUGCUGUUCUCAGUGUGUGCAGCCACACCCAUCCUGCCCCUGCAGUACCUCACUUUUGUCCUUCAGGUCCUCAACAGAUCCUUCCUCUUCGGAGGAAACGCUGCCUUCAUCAGUAUGGCGUUUCCCCCAGUCCACUUUGGAAAGCUAUUUGGAAUGUUGAUGGCACUCUCAGCAGUGGUCUCUCUGCUCCAGUAUCCCUGCUUUGCCAUCAUUAAAGGACCAUUAGGUGGAGACCCUCUUUAUGUGAACAUUGCUCUGACCCUUCUGAGUCUCCUGGCCUUCAUCAACCCUCUCUAUGUUUACUUGCACUGUCGGCACCAAGCAGCCCAGCGAUCCAAUGGCAACAUAAACACUUCUUCAUAAGAUUAUUUUUACAAAGGGAAUAUCAAACUGACCUCUGACUUUAAAAACUGGUUUCUGUUUAUUUUUUGAUAAACAGAAAAAAACUAAUAUAGUGCUGAGAAAUAUGUACUAAUCUUUCAGAGCUCGUGUUGUACCUAGAUCCACUCAUGGCCCUGUAAAGGUAUGCAGUGCUUUAUCUGUGCUGAUUGAAGCUGGAAAUUAACAGGGUCCUUCACCCUUUACUUAUGUUCUCCCACACACUUCGGCCUGGAUUCUGCAAUUUGAGAACACAUCCAAAAAACAAAGAAAAAACAUUGCACAAAAAAUGCCUGCUUUUCUAAAAGGGAAUUCUAUUAUCAUUUUUACAUAAACUAUAAAAUUGAUUAAGCGAUUUGCAAUGAAAUUUUAAAGGAUUCCCACAAUAUAACUAAUCCUAAAGGGAUCAUAAUAAAUAUAUAUGUAAUAAGAUGACAAGGACGUUUUGCCAAAUCCGGACAAAAGUUGUACUAAUCUAAGCAUGUUCUUCACAUUUUUUAUUUUUUUUGUGUAUAUCAACUAGCACUUAACUUCCUAAAUGUGUAUGUUUUAAUCAGUGAUUCUCAGCUAGUACUUUGAUAAAAGAAAAUGCAUCUAAUCUGAUUAAGACCACAUGCUCCCUUGGAAAACUAUAGUUGCGGGAGCCCUCUGUAGGACGUAACACGAAUUUCAGGCUGGAAUUUGUGAAAGAUGUAUUCAUAAAUGCAUCUGUAUUACUCAAAAUAAAGGGA